GUGACGACAGAACAAGUCAGUACGUUUGGUGACGAUGAAGACGAAAUCGUCCCUUACGUACUACCGAAAAUGGAAGAAAAUCGCGCCAAAGUGAGUGCAAAACCACAUUACCAUUAAUUAUUUACGAUCGUGUUCAACGCGGAAUGGUGGCCCUUAUAUAUAUUUUUCACGUACGCGAUACGACUCGAUUUUGUGCGCAGUAUAGUUAUAGAACAUCAACAUUUACGCUUUUCAUUUGUCGGGACCAAAAUUUGUUUCCCAAAAACGCACACAAGAAUAUUUGAGUGGAUUUGAAAAAAAAAAACAUUAUCAUUUCAAUAACUCGUGAACUUGAGGGCGGCAAAAUAAUUUGCCGCUGACUGUUUGCAACAGUCGAUCACAGUAAAACGAUUGCUAACAGUGUAACACCCAGGGCUGAGCAAGAUACUUAAAAAAAUUACCUAAACAGAAGAUACUUCGAUAUUUUCAAAAAUACUAGAUACAAGAUAGCUGGUAGCAGGAAUUGAACGUCACCUAUAAAUUGUGGGAAAAUCGGUUUGCACGAUUUUCGAAAUUCAACAACGGCAUUAUGGUAGACCCAGGUAGUAAGACAGACGAACGUCUUUAGUUAUAGUAUCCACUCCGUUUGUGUUUUCAUCAUUAUACAAUUUUUACAGCGACCCUUUACUCCGGGCCUCCAGAAGUUUUGGCAAAACUGAUGGCUUCCCGGUGUAAGUCGCUGGGUACUGUGAUUUGACCCGUUUUGCGGUUCCGGUGCGAUCGCGAUCCAACUGGCCAUGGUUUGCCGCAAAGUCAUUGCGAUGGACAGUGACCCGGUCAAAAUCGCGUUCGCCCGGAACAAUGCUCGUGUGUAUGGGGUCGAAGACCGAAUCGUCUUCCUGGUGGGUGACUUCUUUGUCGAUGUCCUCUUGCUGCAAAGGGCAGACGGCAUCGUCACGUCACCACCAGUGAACAUGACUAAGGAGGAAAUGGUGAAGUUAACCAAAUUGGCAAGUAGGGUGGCGCCGAAAGUCUUAAUGAGGUUAACGAAGGACCAUGAAUUGUCAGAUCUGUACCAAUUAGAGAAUAAAAUAUUUAAUAAAAUUAAUACAGAACAAAUAUGUAUUGACAGGGAGCCAAAUUCAAUUUUGGCUUUCUUAGGUCCCGGAAUGAAUACGAAUAAUUAUAACAGAAACGUAAAUAGGAUACAAAAGAAAGUGCUUUUGUUUUCUGAUGGGGUAUCUGUUAAUCGUCGUGUGCAUUGGAUAAGAAGUAAUAAUCUUUUUGCAUACGACAAUUACCUCAAAAACGUUGAAGAAUUCCCGAAGAGCCAAAAUCUCAACUGACAGACGAUUCCUCAACACAAUCGGAAUAAUAUAAUACAAUUGAUAUCUGAUAAUGUAUUUCUAGUCAAAUAUAGCUUGGCCAAAGCUUUUGCGUAUUUAUUAAUACUAGAACGUGAUUCGUUUAGAGAAAGUUAUGUCAACAGCGUUAAGACCAUUAAAAUACACGAUAUGAUAUCUACUUCAACAAAUGGAUUCAUGAAGUUUCAGAUCCAGAUCAGUUUACGAAGGGAUCUCGUUUUAAACAUAGACAAAAAACACUUACCGUUCAACUAAUGACUUAAUUCAUUCAAAAUGACUGUUAUGAUUUACUAUACGAUUUCGUAGAAGAAACAGAUUUGAUGCAGCAAUAUAAUAAUUACAUAUAGAUUCAAUAAAAUACAUCAAGAUGAAGAAGUUAACGCCAACUCGCCGAACAUGAAAUACAUAAUCAACGAUAUUGAAGAUGAC